AGUAAUUUUUAAACGUAUAUUAUUUAGUCCUUCCAGAUGAUUAUUUUGUUCAUGCGAACUAAUAGGAUUCUGCAGCCGCAAUCAAUUCAAUAGGAUUCUGCUGUGCAAUCUUUUGCCGGGCUCGAUUUUCCUACGACUUGAAUCAUUUGCCAGCAACUUGCAAAAUUUUUGCUCAAGUUCUAUUUUUCGGGUUACGGUCAGUGUAUUUGCCAUUUAUUUACAUUCGUACGAAACGCCGCAAUUCCAUUUGAACUGAAAUUAUAGAAUUGUAGGAUGAAAUUAUCCAAGAAAAAGUUACCUCAAUGAUGGUAACUGGAUGGAGUUACCUCUUAGUUUCUGCGGUUCCAGUGCGAGCUGGUACCAUUUCGAACUAAUUUACUAAUAACUUUAUUCGAUCUUGCAAGCAGCUAACUGUUAUUUUUCAAAAUUUUCGUCUAUUAUAUUUAGCAGGGUUUUCCAUCUAUCCUACGCGUUUGACUAAUGCACUUGUUAAGCGAGAUUUUUUCGAUACAUUCCAAACGCUUUUUUGUUGCCAGCUCGUCUACGUUUCCUGUACGUGUGCUGGAUUAAUUGACAAAGGGGAGAGAUUUUAUACGUAUUACCUCUAAAACUAUUUCAGUUCUACGAUUUUAGUGUAAAUCCUCUAUAUGUGUCUUUGUGUUAUUUAUUAUAAUUAGUCUUAUUUUCCAUUCUGUUGUGGUUACAACUGAUAAAUAAUAAUUUAAUUGUCACCGUACUACUUGGCAAAAAGUGGUAGAGAAGUUUGAAUCUCGUGAAGGAAAACGCGUAUCGCAGAUAUUGUUUCUCAUCCGCGUUGAAGAACUAAGCAUUUAGGGAAUUAUCCAGAUAACUUAUGUGAAUCUCUGAAUUAGUAUAGUUUUUCUGAGCAUACCGGUCGCAGUCUUCUAGUCUCGCGGUAGUGACCACAUUCUCCGUGGUGAGUGAUGCCAUCCUGAAUGCUACUCCGCACUGGGAGCUCUAAAGGAGAUGAAGUUGGAGCUGCAUCAGCUAUCGGAUAAAGCCAAAGCUGCUUCUGAAAUUAUCCACAGACUGAAGAGCCAGCCUGCUCAGCUUGAGACUUGCAUGCAGAGCGUGGAGGAGGCGCUGGUAGCGCAGGUGGAGCGUCUGGUCGCGGCGCUACACGAGCGCAGGGACAGCCUCCUCAUCUGGCUGCGGCAGCAUAAGCUGCAGAAGAUCCUAGAGCUUCAGGAGCGCAUUCAGGACGCGACAGAAUCUCUGCAGGAGACCACAGUUGGACUUCAAUUCAACAUUGAAGCCAUCAAAGAAUCUGACCCCGUGUGCUUCAUGGAGGCCAAUGAAGUACUUAGCAAACGAAUUGAGGAGCUGAAAUUUGGGUGCGAUGAAGUCCUGGCGCAGGAGGCCGCUGUGGCGCCCUCAGCACAACUCCUGCAGUACCGCGUAGACGAGCGCCCUCUGGCUGAUGCCAUAUCCAACUUCACUUUCAUUCAGUUCCAAGCAGUGCCAGGCGUGCCGGAGUUCGUGCCGUCCGAGUGCAGUUCCGUCAACAACGCCGUGACCAUCGCCUGGCAACCACAGCCUCCUCUCUGUCACUCCAGCUUCUCCCUGCAGAUCGAUGACGGCAACCGAGGAGAAUUCAAGGAGGUGUAUAACGGAGACGAGUGCGUAUGCACCAUCGACGGUCUACACUUCAACUCGGUGUAUCGAGCUCGAGUGAAGGCGUGUAGCGCUGCAGGCGCGUCUGAUUACACACCGCCGCUCACUUUACACACAUCGGAAGUGGCGUGGUUUUUCAUGGAGAGGAGCCACCCGGACGUGAACGUGUCUGAGGAAGGCACGCGCGUGUCUUGCGACUCAUAUGAGCAUCGCAUCAGUCUUGGUAGCGUCGCUUUCUCGCGCGGAUGUCACUACUGGCAGUACAAAUUAUUGACAUACGACACCAACGCAGAUAUUGCCUUCGGUGUUGCUGCUAAGGGUGUCAACACGGAGGCCAUACUUGGAAAGUGCGCGCGGGGCUGGUGUAGAUAUGUUGAUCGUGAGCGAGCGUGGAUGAUGCACGCGGGUGAGCACUUCAACAGGAGUCAGGGCGGGGUGCAGGUCGGCGACGUCGUAGGCGUUCGCCUCAAUACCGACAUCCGAACCUUGACGUUCUACCUCAACCAAGUGCAACAGUGUUCGAUGUUGCUGAAGAGUUGCAGCAGCGUUGCUACUGUCUUUCAUCCAGCGGUCAGUCUGAGUCGAGGCGUAACUCUCGCCCUCAUCUCGGGGCUCACUCCACCAACGGACACGCCGAUCUAGGAGUUCACGCCUAACUUAUUCAUCUCAGCAGCGGCAUUCACAGAACAGACCCAGAUUAUUGGUGUAGCUUUCGUUCAUGCUCCAUCCAAAUAGGAAAAUUUUCAAUUGUGCCGUAUCACUCGGACAUACCAUUUAGCAACGGCUGGACAAACAUCUUUCCACCUUCCUAAGUUAAGAAGUGAAUAAAAAAUCGCAGCAAAUUUUUCAGUAGGAUUUAGUGUAAAAUCAUCGCGACCUUCAACUGGAAUUAUUUUGAAAAAAUAACCCCGAUAGUUGAUCUGAAUAACACGAGGAAAUAUAAUUUAGGUUAGAAUUUUUUCUCUUCUCUCCGUGUACCCUUCGCAGCGUAAUGCUGCAUGGAUAGGAAUGUGAUUUCAAAAACUUUUUGGGAAAAAGGAAUUGGUUCUAUUCGUGAUAAAAAAAUGUAGACUAUCAUAUCAUCGAAAACAAGUACUGUACCAUAUCUAUAACAUCACAUGUGUUGUUCUACUUUUCUAAACUGCCCUAAUUUUAUAUAUUUGUACAUUUGUUUAAAGUAUACUUGAACUUGUUUUUUUUUCUGUUGAAUAAUACGUUAUAU